AGCACCGAUCGGAAAACUAUAGAUAUUUGUGCACGUAAAAUAACAUAUAAAUCAUCUGUGACAAAACGUGUUCACGUUUUCUCUAUUUAUUUGGUAAUUAUAUUUGGAAAAUGCAAAUAUAAAAAAACUUUGAGUAGCAUUUCUCAUAAAGAUUAUUUGUAAUGUAAAUGUAAAUGUAUGUUACAACAACAGAUCAUGGGAUGUCUUGUCUUUCCCCGAACGUCCUCAUCAAUCCUGACGGGACAACCCGGAAGAUAUUAAAAUUACCGUAAUGUUUCUAAAAAAGCGGCCUUUUAGAAGAGUAAAGAGUGAAGUGCACAGAGAAAUGAGGGGAUGGAGAUGUUACGUUGCGUCUGUUGCUUAGACACUGGAAAUCAUGAACAAGCCAUUGUCACUUGGCAACAGAAAACACCCACAACCUUUAACCCGCGGCAGUCAACUGUGGAUCAACAGAUUACUUCUGAACUACCGACUCCUGUUUCGCUUUGAUCAGAUGUCGUUCUGCCUGGCGGAGCUUCACUUUUGGUCCUUAAGGAGCAGCCUGCAAGUCCAGGUGUGUCCUUCAGAUCAGCAUUACUACAAUGAGAAACAGCAGUUUGCAGAAAGUCGGGGUUACCCGUGGUUCCUUAGUAACCGUCGUCCAGAGAAGCUGCGUGAUGCCCUAAAGGAACUAGAGGAGCUGCUGCAGUCAAGUCCGAUUGUGAGUGUUCAAUGGAGAGCGAAGCAGUGCUUUCAGAUGCUGUUGAGAUCAGGUGUAUUGGUGACCCUCAUCCUGGGUGGAGCUCAGGUUGAACGGGUGGCCAUUGACAGAACGCUAGUGGGGCGACUUCCUGCUGACACCAUCAGUGAUGCGGUGAUCGGAGAUCGCUUCCUGCUGUUCUCGUUGAUGGAGAGGAGUCAGGUGUGUCAGGUGUACCUGAACAGGAAGAACCAGAGCUCACCUGAGCUAGCAAGACACAUGGAGAAACUCACAGUUGCAGAGAUUAAGGUUUCAGUAGUGGACGUGCCAGGCGGAGGCCGCCGUGCUGAGCGCAGGAUGGGGCUGAACCAAGCUCAAGAUGUGGCCGUGUGCUGGUGGCCGCUUUGUCACGAGGACGUUAGACCUUGGUCUCCCAUUCCUAGUGCGGUGGACAGAGCCAACCUGGUGCUGCUUGCUUGCUCAGAUACUCCUGGGCUUACGGUCUUGAGCUCUAUCCGAACUGACAGAAACCCAAUAGACUGCAGAUUCAGCCUAACUCAACCCUACCAAAUCCUCACUGUGGAACUGCACCACGAGGCCAAUCACUCAGCGUCUGAGCUGCACGAGGAGGCCCAACCACUUGAUGUUCAUACCUGUGUCUAUGAAUGUGCUCGUGGGCAUCUCCAGCAUUUGUCCAGCACACCUGUACCCCUCACUUCCAAACCCAUAACCUGUCAUUAUGACCCAUUAGAGCGCUGGGUUCUCCUGGGGCUUCAGGACUGCUCUGUGGUUCUUUUUGACAGACAGACAGGCCUCUCCCAGUUGGCCACCUGCUCCAUGAUGCCUUCUCUGCUAGCAUGGCACCCUUCAGGAGGUUUGCUGAUGGUGGGCGGAGGUCAAGGGGAGCUCCAGUGCUUCGACAUGGGGCUGUCACCUCUCCCUUUGCAGAAAGCGAGUGAGGAACCGGCCCCUGAUUCUCUAGGCCCCAGUCUUCAGCUGUCCCGCAACAUGAAGAUCUCUAGUGGUCUGGAGGGUAUCCGAUGGGCCUGCUGUCCGGUAUCGCAGGGAAAUGAGGGUCUGGAAACCCAUGAUAUACUUCUGCUUUGGUUUCAUGGAGGGCCGCUUGCUACUCUGAGGCUAAGACUUGGUGUGUUUAAUGGAGGUCAGCUAGGCCCAGGUGAUCUGGUACAGCACCGUUUGCGCUGUGGAGAGGUAGACGCGGCGCUGGGAAUUCUGGGUAAUAUGGACUGGGCCAUGAUGGGAGCUGAAUGUUAUCGGUCACUUAUAUCCAUCACAGAUCACCUGCUGAGGAAACUGCUGGACCACCAGACUGAAGGCCAGUUAGAAGCAGCUCUGGGGAUGUUUUAUGCCCCAUCGAGACCCCUGUCAAACACUGUCAUACUGGAAUACAGAGACCCCAUAAGCAGAUAUGCAAGAAGGUUCUUCCAUCAUCUUCUCAGACAUCAACGGUUUGAAAAAGCCUUCCUGCUGGCUGUGGAUAUCGGAGCCAGGGAUCUGUUUAUGGACCUCCAUUACGUGGCAGAAGAUAAGGGAGAGCUGGUGUUAGCCGCUGUAGCCAAGAAGAAGGCUAAUGAAAUAGACGCGGAGGCACAAACAUCAGCACCAGAUGAUGGUCUGUCAACAUACGGAGGGUGUAGUGGAGUUAAACUACCACCAGCCAGGAGCGAGAAAGAUACACCUACCACAAAACACUCAAGUAAGUCUAGAGAAAUGUCGACCUCUGAGACUCACGAUGACCUCUCUAACAUCCUAACAAGUCAACACACCUGGCCUUGGAGAAACACAGAAAUCAGUCUUGUUGACCAGGACACUCAGGUUUCUGAGGCGAGUGGGAAACUCAAAGUUAUUCAUUUUGGUUUAGUGUAAAUAUUUUAAAAUACAUUUGUAAUAAUAGUCAUUAAUUGUAAUAAAAAAAAAGUUCUUUCCAAGAAUAUCUGAA